CAGCGAUUCGCAGGCUGCCCAGGCUCUCGCCCGACCUCCGCCCGGAGUCCCCCCGCCCGCCAGCCAUGCCCGCCGCACGCGCCCGCCUGCUUGCCCUCGCCGUCGGCGCGGCCGCCGGCGAGGGCCCCGCGAGCCUGCGGGGCGCCGCGGGCAGCAGCGCCGGGGACGGCGGCGCGGCCCGCCGGCUCGGGGCGCCCAACGGCAAGUGGGGCCCCUACAUGGACGGGUGGAGCAGCCUCCCAGUGUACGCCGCGGAGGUCUGCGUCCGCAGCGUGGGGGGCUACGCCAUGAAGUACAACCUCUGGGACACGCACAGCAACCGGAUCUCGGGGUGGAGCAGCACGAUCGGUGCCCAGCAGACGGCGUGCAUGGCGGUCGACGCGAUCAGGGACGUCGUGGAGGACCACCCGGUCUCGCCGAGGAUCUUCGUGAACGGCUUCGCGGACAGCUUCGUGCAGGUUGCCAUCCAGAGCGUCCGGUACCGCCCUGGCGCGGGACGCGCGCACUACACCUGCCUGGGGUCCACCACGUCCUGGUACUGCAACCUGGACACCGUCGGCAGCCUGGGCACGCCGGGUUCCAACUCCACCAGCGCCGCUCCCGGCUCCGGCGCCCUCGGGGCGGUUGGCGCGGAGCCGGAGCCGAACGGCAAGUGGGGGCCCCUCAUGAGCCGUUGGAGUCUGCUGCCGGUGUACGCCUCCAGGAUCUGCGUGCGCGACGUGGGCGGCUACGCGAUGCGGUUCAACCUCUGGGACACGUACGCGAACUUCAUCUCCGACUGGAGCAGCACCAUCAGCGCCCAGAGAACGGCGUGCCUGGACAUCUCCAGCAUCCACGACGUGGCGGAGGGCCACCCGAUCUCCCCGCGCAUCUUCGCCUUGGGCUGGGCGGACAGUUUCACGCAGGUUGCCAUCCAGAGCGUUAUCUACGAGGCCUCCGCUGGGCAGGCAGACUACACGUGCUUGGGGUCUACCACGUCCUGGUACUGCAACCUGGACACCGUGGGUAGCUUGCCCACCACUUCCACGUCCGAAUCACCCAGCACUUCUACCGCGUCGGCCUGCGAUACCUGGUUCUGCUGGGUGGCAGGAGGCCUGCGGUGAUCACCGCUUGGACGAGGUCAAGGUGGCGCUCGUGGGUUAAAUUCUGCGCUUUUUUUGGAAUAACUGAAUAACUAUGUGUGACUUUGCGGGGGGGCUCUGAUGGCGCAGCGCCGAUUGUGCUGCUACAGCAGUCUUUUACAGGAUCCAGUCUGCACAGCGGCAAGUGGCCUGCGCCCAGCAGCCCCGCGAGAAGCUUAAUUACAGAUCUGGCACUACUAGCCAGGGCGGCCGCAUAAGACGGGCCGACUGCGCACCGUCGGAGUGCGCGCGAACGCGCAAGCGUUCGGGUGCUCGUCUUCCAGCGCGCAGACGCAGCUGCGUGGCGGAAUCGCCAUGACACAGGCAAGCGGGGUGGUCUGUCGGGCACACCUGUGUGCAAAAAAGCACAGGCA